GACUCCAUGUGGCACGGCUGAAAAGUGGUCAUGUUGCUUUGAUCAAACACCCAAGGAGAGCGUAUUGAGGCCCAAGAACAGGCACCUGUAUCAGACUGGAAGAGAGGGGGAGGCACUUGACGCAGAUAUGAGGAGCUCUGGCCAAGUUUUGGGAACAGGCAUGGCGUGCCACAAGAGAUAGCUGAGGGACUUCCGGCAAACGGCCUGCGAUGCCACGCGUAGCACGAGGAUCCGGCGUCUGUGUGGAACUUUGAUCGAUGGGGACGACGUGACCUUGGCAACACUUGGCGCCAUUAAACAUUCAGGGCCACUCUGGUUUUGUGAGGAGUCCCAGCUCAGCCUUCUGGUUUCACAUUUAUUCCAUCAAGGCAGAUGUUCCCUGCUGAAAGUGUUAUUUUAACUGAAGGAGCCCAGAAGACCACACAGAACAUAGGGGGGUCCCAUGAGAAGACAACCGCCAAGAUCAUGUAUGGCGGGGAGAUUUUAAAAGCGGAGAUUGUCUAUAUCAAAGAGUCGGUGGAGGGAGAAGCAAGAAUCGGAGGCAAGACAAACAUUGAGCUGCAGCCUGCGUUGGACCCUGCGAGCCUCUCCCAAACCUCCGCGUCACUCGGUGGCCAGUCUGAAAAUACACCCAAACACGGCGGCUCUGCCUCCAUGGAAACAACUGCUAGUAAACCCAGGGGCCUUUCCUGGCAGUGGGGUCACGAUUCCUCUAUAUGUGUUGAGGUUAGCUCGGGUUUCUCUAGCGAUAAGCCGUCUGGGUUGGCUCACAGAACGACAAGCCCCGCAUUCUCGGCGCACGUGUUCCCCACGCCGGCUUCAUCCAGAGAGUCCGUCCUCUCAGACAGCUGGGAUAAAGACAGGAACUGGCUUUUCUCUCUCGGCUCUCCUGCCUCUUUCAGUCGCACUGUUUCCCCCUGUUCCUCAGUCCGAUCUGGCAUGUUCUCCCCCUCUGUGGUUCAAAUGCGAAAGCACAACCUUGCCCCAGGCUCUAGUCUGGUUCACCUCCCUCAGUCCUGUUUCUCCUCCUGCGACAGCCUGGUUUCUUCCGUCCGUCCACAGUCUCCUCCUCCCCGGCACCGGCCUCCUCUCACCAGACUCUCCCUUCUGACAGCCAUCCUGAGGAAAGGCCGUUUGCCCGUUCUGUCUGCUUCCCUGCAGAGGCCUUACACCCCCUGCUGGCCUGUUAACCCUGUGACCCUCACUUUCUGCAAGGCAUGCUCAGCAGCUUCCAGUGUUGCCUCCAUUCCCCUGGAGUUUUCAACUCGCUUCUCCUCAUCCUCAUCCAUCGAUAGUCAGACUUGUGCUAACAGGGAGCCUAGUAGGCCUCUUAUCGCCCCCCCGCCUGAGCUGCCUAAUGAGCACAGCAGGCCUCACACGCCACUUAAAAGAUGCUUUGAGCAUAGAAGCGUGCCAAGAUGGGAGCAGGUUAUUUCACCGCCGCCAAUGAAAAGCACGACUCUGCAAAUAGAACCACCACAACGCUCAUGCUCAUUGCAGCACUCUUAUGUGGCAAAGCCUCCCGAAUUGAAGGCCAGCAUUGCCCACACGUAUCUCAGGAGCAUAAAAGACCCGAACCUCGAAAAAUCAAUCCCUCCUCCAACACCUUUUCAUCACCCAGCAAACAUCCGGAGCAGACCGCCAAAUUCCUCUCUGUCAAAGCUUCGCUGGCUUUCUGAGCGACUGCGAUCCCCUCCUCCAUGCCCCUCUCUGUCCGCUACGUCACAUCGUUCCCAUUCAGCCGGCUACGCCGCAUCACCUCUGCCUCCUCUCUCUCCCUUCUCACCACAAGGUUUCCCUAAAGUGCACAAUCUGACGCCUUCCCGUUACACACCCGUCGCUUUUUCCGAAUGGCCCUCGCCCAUCAGCUCUCCCACACCGACGCCCUCUCCCGCCACACUAGUUCGAGAGCGCACGCCCUCUCCUUCCUUCUCCCUGCGCUCUACGCCUUCCCCGAGGCCGGGGAGUAGAAUAUCGGACUGCGGUGACAGGGAGGGUAAAAAAAGAAAGCCUCACAAGAUAAAGUCCAGCUACAAAUCGCUUGCUGCAAUUCCCACAAACACCCUCCUUUUGGAUCAACAGGUGAUAGACGAACAGGUGGAAAGAGGGGAGACUUUGAAAGGAGUCGUGACGAGUGAGUGGGGUGACAAAGACACCCACGCUGAGAUGUGCUCGCCUGCUGAACUCCGGCAGCAGUCUGAGGAGCUGUAUGCAGCCAUUGACGAGAUAUUGGCUCAUCCCAUUCCACCAAGCAAAACAUCUUCCAAGAUAUCAACUUCUAACAUCUCAUCCAAAUCCUUGGGACGUGAAACCAAAUAUGCGUCUUUAGGCAGAUUGCAUCAAUCUGAGGCUACCACAAGAAAGCUGAUGGAGUCUAAAAAGGUAGAAGACGAUGCCUGGGAUUAUUCGCCCGAUGACGGCCAUUCCAAGACUGUCAGUGAGAGAUGGAGAACAGUAUCGACACAAUCCCUUCGGAGAAACAGCGGCCAAUCAGGGUAUUCCGGGCUUCAGCAAGUCAUGCGAGGUGGGAAGUGUGAGCCUUGAAGAUACGGGAAGAAGAAGUAGACAAAGUCUAAUGGGGCAAGAAGAGAGGAAAUCUGAGAGACGAAGACCAUUCUCUUUGGGUGAAUUACACAUCAGGGAGCCAGAUCAGUCCCUUUGAGGAAGAUGUCCCCAUUUCUCUCUUGCCAACACGAACAUCAAUCAACUCUUCACGCCCCACAUCAUCUUAAGAUAUUCAUUUGCCGACAUGAAUUAAGAAAUAGGGGAAGAAAAUAACUGAGUGGUAUAAUGUCCUCAUUAGUGCUUUGUCAGAUCCAUUUUCUAUACUGCUUGUCCGCAGUGGGGUAACGGGUGAGCUGGAGCCGGUCUACACCCUGGGCAUCAUUUCAUAUUGCACACAUAGACAAACAGCCGUUCAUAUUCAGAAUUUAGAGUCUCCAGCUACGCUAGCAUGAAGGUUUUUGGAAUGUGGGAGGAAGCCGAUUCCCAUCCCAGUCGCUUGAAUCAGCACUUUCAAGUCCGAGUCCAUGGUUCUGUAUUGCCAGCUCCGGGUUGGGGAGGAUAUCUUGCCCUAAGUGGAGGAGUUCAAGUACCUCGGAGUCUUAUUCACGAGUGAGGGAAGAGUGGAUCGUGAGAUUGACAGGCGGACCGGUGCGGCGUCCUUUUAUUUUUUAUUUAGCCUUUAUGGUAAAAUCCCAUUGAGAUCAAAGAUCUCUUUUCCAAGGGAGACCUGGCCAGGAGGGCAGCAGCAAGGUUACAUUAAAAACAGUAAACAAAUACAUAAAACAUCACAUUUACAACAUUAAAACUUGCUCACAUAACACAUGUGCAUACAGACAAGGUAGACUGCAGUCCUUUCACAGAAGCUUUAAACUCAUUCAAUGUAACAAGGGUUUGAAGUUUAAUAUUCGAUUGUAGGUUAUUCCAAGCCUUCGGAGCUGAAAACCUAAAUGCUUUCUUGCCCAGUUCAGUUCUUACUUUGGGGAUGACAAAUUGCAGAACAUUCAUUUAACGAAGAUUGUGACUUCCUUGUUUCUUUGUUAAAAGACAAGACAGAUAAGAUGGAGUGAUACCCAGAAUGGUUUUGUCGAUGAAAACAUACCAAUGAUUGAGGCGUCGAGCACAUAAAGAUGCCCAGGCUUCAGUAUUGCGGACGCUGUAUCGAUCCGUUGUGGUGAAGAAGGAGCUGAGCCGGAAGGAAAAGCUCUCAAUUUACCGGUCGAUCUACGUUCCCAUCCUCACCUAUGGUCAUGAGCUUUGGGUUAUGACCGAAAGGACAAGAUCACGGGUACAAGCGGCCGAAAAUGAGUUUCCUCCGCCGGGUGGCGGGGCUCUCCCUUAGAGCAGUGGUUCUUAACCUUGUUGGAGGUACCGAACCCCACCAGUUUCAUAUGCGCAUUCACCGAACUCUUCUUUAGUGAAAAAUUAAAUGUUUUUUUUCAAAUUCAAGACAAAGUUGUAUGUUUUGGUAACACUUUAGUAUGGGGAACAUAUUCUAAGUAACAAAGACUUAAUUUAGAGUUUUUUGGACACUAUUUUCUAAGUAACAAAGACGUAAUUUAGAGUUAUUUGGUUAGGGUUAGGGUUAAAGGGUUAGGGCCAGGGUUAGGGUUAUAAUAAGGCCAUGCCGAAUAAGUCAUUAAUAAGUACUUAAUAAUGACUAGUUAAGAGCCAAUAUGUUACUAAUUUGCAUGUUAAUAAGCAACUAAUUAAUGGUGAAUAUGUUCCCCAUACUAAAGUGUUACCAUGUUUUAUUACUGGUGCACAAAAUGAACCGUGCAUGAACAUCACCUUGUUCAAAGAACAAAACCAACACAGUGCAUAAACUCACAACAAAUUACACACCUGCAAAUCAGUCUGACUUCUGUUGUUGCCAUAUCCGUAAUACGCCGACAGGGAGGAGUUUUCAUUUACACGAUGAGUCGAGGGUGUGUCUUGACCUCCGCCGAACCCCAGAGCCUGACUCACCGAACCCCUAGGGUUCGAUCGAACCCAGGUUAAGAACCACUGCCUUAGAGAUAGGGUGAGAAGCUCUGUCAUUUGGAAGGAGCUCAAAGUAAAGCCGCUGCUCCUCCACAUUGAGAGGAGCCAGAUGAGGUGGUUCGGGCAUCUGGUCAGGAUGCCACCUGAACGCCUUCUGAGGGAGGUGUUUAGGGCACGUCCAACCGGUAGGAGGCCACGGGGAAGACCCAGGACACGUUGGGAAGACUGUGUCUCCCGGCUAGCCUGGCAACGCCUCGGGAUCCCCCGGGAGAAGCUGGACGAAGUGGCUGGGGAGAGGAAAGUCUGGGCUUCUCUGCUUGGGCUGCUGCCCCCGUGACCCGACCUCGGAUAAGCGGAAGAAGAUGGAUGGAUGGAUGGGAGGAAGCCGUAGUACCUGGAGAAACAAGCAAAUGCCCAAGCAAAUUCAAACUGUCAAUCCAAUAUGCCAACCACCCGUCCCCACCGUACGUCCCUCUAUCUGACACAAGCAUUCGUCAAUUCUUUUUUUUUUUUUUUUUUUUAAAGAUGUUGGAUAAAAGCUCCCUUUUUUUAAGAUUUUGCCUUGGCGGCUUGGCGUGGGUUGAGUAAUGAGCUGCCGAUUGACAAAACAAUUAGUUUUCAGUUUGCUAUUUUCCAACAAAAGUAGUAAAAUACAUUCGAGGCUUGUUGCAGCUCUCUAUGAACCAUUUUGGGUAUGUGCUGAGAAACUUGCAUGUCACCAAAAAGCUGGUAUUCUUUCCUUGUUGCCAUGGUGACGGAAGGAGUGACUGUCCUUCAGCCAUGAAAAGAACGUUUUCUUUGGUAACGAGACGUGAUAACAAGUCGGCUGCUUAAACGGACCCAUAGCGUCCGGAUGACCGAAAUUUUAUCGACAAUUUUUUUGCAGUUGAAAAUUAAUUUGGCGUUAAUUUCCAAUAAUAUUGUUUAGUUUUUAGCAAUGGGUAGAUAAAUAACUGUAUUUGGAACGGCCCAUUUCUAUCUGCACAUUCGAUAUGCCCUCUUUAAGUGUGACGCCGUCCACCGAACUGGAGCCCAUUUCCCCGCAUAGACAGUGUGGAUAAAGGCAUGUAAAACUAUUAUUUUCAUCCCUUGUAUGUUUUUGUCGCCCUGGUCCACGAUUACUUCAAAACUGAUAUGGUUUUGUGACGUGUGGCUACAGAAACAAUAAGUCAACAUAACUAAAAGAAGAAUGUAUUGUUUAGAGCAGAUCUGGGCAAAUUAAGGCCCGGGGGCCACGUGCGGCCCGUUAAGCUUUUCAAUCUGGCCCGCCGGGCAUUCCCAAAUAAUUUUUUUUACAUCUUUAAGAUGGAAAGUGUAGCUGCCAUUAUGAUGUGCAGUGAUGUUUUCUAAUGACCGUAAGUCUUGAACGAUACAAAGUAUUUCUAUGGUUGGAAUCUGCGCUUUUGCAUGAUAUUUUAGUGACUAGUGUUGUCCUGAUACCAAUAUUAUUUCGAUACUUUUCAGUACUUUUCUAAAUAAAGGGGACCAGAAAAAAUUUCAUUAUUGGCUUUAUUUUAAGAAAAAAAUCUUAGGCUGCGGCGGACCGGUACUUUUCAGAGGCAGUAUGGUACCGAAUAGGAUUCAUUAGUACCGCGGUACUAUACUAAUACCCGUAUACCGUACAACCCUACUAGUUACUAUGGUAAUCUACGUCACAGCAGGUCAGACGAGGCACCAAGCAGUGUGGGUGUGGCUUGAUUGUAAAAUAUGUCGAUUGAGAGGGGGUGUGACGUUCAUAUGUUCUCAAUAUUCAGGGUUUUAUCGUUCAUAGAAACAUUUAAAAUUCCGUUUUUAAGGCGGUCUGUCAUAACAUUUUUAGCAUUCAAUCAGACUUUAUUGUGAGGUUUUGUAUUAGUUUUCCUAAAAAAUAGAUAUACUGGCCCCCAGACAAUUUUUUUUUCUCUAAAUUUGGCCCCCGAGUCAAAAUAAUUGCCCAGGCCUGGUUUAGAGCAAAGUUUAGUUAAAAUUACCACGAAGAUCCUGACUUCCUAGGCCCAAAAAAUCAUGUUGUAAGUUAAAAGUCCAAAAGGCAGUGUUCUGGCCAAAAUGUAGCCUUGAUGCUGGAUUUUAAACAAUUUAAAUGUGCUUUUAUUAAACCUGGCUAGGGUGUGUCUGUAGUUUUAACCUCAAAGAGCUGUGCUUUUCUACACAGGUCCACAAUAGUUUGUGUUAUUGUGUACUUAAUCACACACACACACACACACUCACACACACACACACAUAUUCUUGUAUUUUGUACCUUCUCGAGACCUCCGAAAAAUGCCUACCUCUUUAGGACCACCCUUUCUAGAUAUAUAAUGAUGUGUAUUUACAACAUUAAUAAUAUAUACAUACUAUGCAAUAUAAAAAAAAAACUUGUUGUGAAAGAUGAGUUGGAAUUUCACCAGAAAAAGGUCCCAAUUUCACAAGAAAAACUUAGAAUGUUGGCAGCAUUAUAACAAAAGUCGUAAUUUUACUCAACGCAAGUCAAAGUUUUACAAGAAAAACUGAACAUUUGUGCAAUAUUAUGAUAAAAGUCGGAAUUUUACUCAAUAACAGUCGCAAUUUUACUAGAAAAACUUACAAUUUUGGCAAUUUAAUGAAAAGAGUCGUAAUUUUACUGGACAAAAGUCACAAUUUUAUAAGAAAACUUUAAAAUGUUGGCAAUAUUAUAAUAAUAAUCGGAAUUUUUACUUGGCAAAACUAUGACAAAAGUCAUAAUUUUACUCAAAAAAUGUCAUUAUUUUACAAGAACAACAAAAAAAAAGGUCAAUAUUGUGAUAAAAGUCAGAAUUGUACAUGACAAAUGUCACAAUUUUGCAUUAAAGGGUAAUAAUUUUACGAGAAAAUAUUGCAAUAUUACAGAAACAGAAAGAAUAUGAGAAAUUGUUCCCAAUUUUAUAAGAAAAACGUCGACACUUUUAGUUAAUUUUUUUGUUUGUAAUCGUUUUUUUAUCUUCAUUAUUUACUUCAAGUUAUUUCAAGUAUGUCGCUAUACACAUAUAUAUAUAUAUUUUUUUCUAAUACAUUUUGGCCAAAGGGGGCGCAUUUCAAUCUUUUACACACACUUGUUAUUACAUAUGUUGGCCAGAGGGGGAGCACUUUUAAAACCGACAUACAGUCAAUUAGAAAAAUCCCUCCUUUUUGGGAUCACCCUAAUUUUGAUAGAUUUCACCGCCAGGGGUGCAAAUUAGACAUUCUCUAUUAGAUGCAAUGGUUUUCCGUAUUGGGACCAUGAUUUAUGUCCUAACUUGUUCACCAGUCCUCAUAUGGAAGGUACUUUUCCUUGUUGAUGUCUCAAGAAGGGUAUGAAUACAAGAACACACACACACACACACACACACACACACACACACACACACACUGUAACUCUUGUCUCAAAAUUAAGUAAACAUGAUUUUUCUCAGGUUUGGUGCUCAUAAACAGGUUCCAGUAGGUGACACAUAUUAGCUGUUAUAACAUCCAGACAGAGGCAGAGUCAUACAUGUGUCAUUUUAUUUUAGUUGUAUUUAGUCUUAUUAUACAGUAGUUAAUAUAAUUUGACUAAAUGCUAAAACUCAUUGGUUGUAUGACCGCGGGAGUUACAUUGUUAAUUAGAUUGUAACAAGUUACCCACCAUGUAAUACAAUGAGAUACAACUAAAAUAAAGUAAAACGAUGCAUUCGAGACACAUAUGGAGAGGGAGCAAUGUCAGAGAAGGUUCCAUAUCUUGUUCUACGGUUAUCAUCACACUGCUUCCUCUGUGUAAUUUUUUGUCUGUGGUAGUAUCGCAAAAAAGCCAGAAAAAAACACUUUUGUGAGUUAAUUUCUUUUUCGCUGGCGAGUUAAAGCUUCAUGCUAUUUGAUGAUACGACGCUUGAAGAUGGUUUGAACAAAAUACGUUUUAUCCGACUUUUAGGCAUACGUUUUUUUCCACAACAUAUUGAUUCAACUCCAAAUUGUUGCACUGUACUGCAAU